AUGUCUUCCUCUCGCUCUCCAUCUCCAAUUUCUCCAAACCCUGCCCAUCCAAAUGCAAAAGCACAAUUUCUUCCUGCAACCACCAACAAGUCUCCCCAUGCUUUCACUUCUCAUUUGUCUAAUUUGUCAUCUCCACAUUCACCUCCUCAAUCUCCUUCUACUUCUGCCUCUACUUCUACGCCUCUAUCCACUUUCCUUCCAACUCCUUCCAUCCCCCCUCUUGCUUCACCACAUUCAUUGCAUCUCCUUGCAAUUCACCAACACUUACUCUCCACUAGUGACGAUGAGACUACUCACAAUUCUAAAGAUUUCAGUGCCACUUCUUCUCCCCCUCCUCCUCCUCCUCCUUCUCAUCCUCCUUGCCCUCUUCCCUCUCCAACGUCACCUCCAAUUCUCAUUCCCACUCGCAUGCCUCCUCCUUCUCCCACAUCUCCUCCUCCAUCAUUCCACUCUUCAAACUCCACCACACACUCACAAUUAUCCCAAUCCGCGCACAACACACAACACGCCUCAAUUCCACAUGGGAAUGCAUCCCUACUCUCCAUCACCGCCACCGCCACCAUCACCAACUACAACACCACCACCACCACCACUUUCACUACCAUCCACACCUACACAUCUACACUCACGUCCACCUCGCCAUCACUCUCCACCUCCACCUCCACCACAAACUCCAUCUCCAUCUCCUCACUCAUCGCUUCCACCACUUCACCCAACUCCUCAUCCAUCUCUUCAUCCAACUCUUCACUCUCCACCUCCGAGGAUACACACCUCUCCAUCUCGUCUCUUCAAACCACCAUGACACGCACCACUCCACUCACUCGCAAGCACACACACUGCCCACAGUGCAACAGGAAAUUCUCACGACCAUCCCUCCUCGCACGCCAUCUGCGAGUGCACUCGAGAGAGAAGCCUUUUGGCUGUCGUUACUGCUGCAAGUGCUUCCCAACCAAGAGCUCAUGCAUCACUCAUCAACGACUUCACACUGGUGAGAAGCCCUAUGUAUGCCAAGUGUGUGGUCACCAAUUCACUGCAUCAUCUAACUUCAUUAACCACAACAAACGCAAACACCCUCCAACCUCUCCCCAUUCAACUACUACACCACCUUCCUCACCACCUUCCUCACCACCAACAUCAUCCCCGAUCCGCGCUCCAUGUGGCUCCACAACAACUACUUGCACACCUCAAUCAACUCAUCAUCACUUCAAAUGUAUGCACUGUCAUUGCGCCUUCACCAACGAGCGUGAGUGGAGAUUGCGCAUUCAACUCACUCAUUCUCCAGCACAAGAAGCUUCACCUCCUGCCACACUCAGAUCACAUGCCAUGGCUUACGCGCCUCCACCUCUCUCCACUUCCACUCCAACAACCACCUCCAUUUCCUCAUUUCACACAUUAACACACUCAGCCCCACACUUUCCAACUAUCAGCCACUUUACUCUCAACUCGUCAACUUCUCCAACACCACUUCCACCUUCUCGUACUAGCGUUGACGCCACAGGCACUGAUAUUGCAAUGACUCUCCACCACUCCCAAUUUCACACACACAACUUCCUCACUCAAGACCAUCACACCCACACCCACAUCCACCACCAACACCAACAACUCCAACCACACCACUUCAUUCAUCUCCACCUGUAUUGCCACAAAAUCAAUUCCACAGCACCAAAAUCACCUCUAACAACAUCGCAACCUCAACACCCCCUCCCCAUUCGUCACUCUCGUCCCAGCUUCAACUCAUCUACCUCCAUUUCUUACAAUCACUCCACAAGCACCACUUAA